AUGGAGGACAUAUGGUUGUUCAAUCAAGUUUGGCAAUGGGUUAGGUCCCGAAAAGAUGCCUAUUGGCGUGCUCGAACUGUGGUAGUUUGUUGUAGAGAUAGAACUGCGAUGUUUAUGGAAAGGCAUUGGCCUACGGUGUGUAAGGGUUGCUCAAAGUUGGGGAGCUUACUUAGGCUGUCAUUGAUUUUUUGGAAGGAUUCUGCUCUAAGGGGGUUUCAAUCGUUCAUUAGAUUUGGUCCGGUGAUGCUCUUGCUUAUAAUGUGGAGCUGUUUUCUUAGUCUGACUUCGAUGUACUGCUUGGUUUAUGUGCUUGUGAGUAUGGUUACUGCUGGCGUUGCGAUCCAAUACUUGGGUUAUACUCCUGGGCUUUUUAUCGUAGGGCUUUUUGCUAUCCUUAUUUUGUGGAUGUAUGCUAACUUCUGGAUCACAGGAUUGUUACUCAUAGUUGGAGGUUAUUUGUUCUCCCUAAAUCAUGCACGCUUGGUGGUAUUAAUUGGAACUGCAUAUGCUAUGUAUUCUGUUCAAGUAAAAGUGGGAUGGCUGGGUGUUAUCCUUGCCGUAAACCUUGCAUUUCUUUCAAAUGACAUUUUGAAUUUUCUGCUCCAAUUAUUUGACAACGUGAGUGAAAGUCCGCAUUCUGAAGAGCAGAAGCAAUCAGAACCAAUUCCGGAAGAUGACUUUGUUGAAGCGUGUGAAUAUCCUAUCCCACCGGUUGAAUCUGAGAAUUUGCAGUCGUGCAAAUCGUCCAGUAAACCACCCGCUGUCAUCGCAUCAGUUGUUGAUAAGCAGAAAGAACUUUUGGUCAAUAAAGUUGUUAGAGAGCAAACAAAUUCAAUUGAUGAAAUGAGAAGGAUAUUGAAGAGUCUGAAUCAUUAUGAAGCCCUUGGAUUUAACCGACACAAAAAGAUUGAUGCAGCAGUUUUGAAAAAGGAAUACCGCAAAAAGGCUAUGCUCGUGCAUCCUGAUAAAAAUAUGGGCAGUUCCAUGUCAAGCGAGUCAUUUAAGAAGCUUCAAUGUGCAUACGAGGUUCUUGCUGACUCUGUGAAGAAGAGAGACUAUGAUGAACAAUUAAAAAAAGAAGAAUCCAUGGCUAAAAGUGUUUGCCAGAAAUCCCACAGUAGUUCACAUCAGGAUAAUACUGAAUAUCGUUCCGAAGAAUCCAGACGGAUACAGUGCACUAAGUGUGGGAAUUCACAUGUUUGGGUGUGCACUAACAGAAGUAAGGCCAAAGCAAGAUGGUGUCAGGAUUGCUGUCAGUUUCAUCAAGCGAAGGACGGUGAUGGAUGGGUCGAAUAUAAGGGGUCUUUAGUUUUUGACAGGCCUCAAAAAGUGGAAAUCCCCCGUGCUUUCGUUUGUGCGGAGAGUAAAAUAUUUGACGUAUCGGAAUGGGCUAUAUGUCAGGGAAUGGCUUGUAGGCCUAACACCCAUCGGCCAAGCUUUCAUGUAAACAUGGUUGGCUUAGAGAAAAGCCAACGCUGCAACUCAAGUAGAUUCCCAUGGGAUUUGGACGCAGAAAUGAUGAUGGACGAAGAUGAAGAGGCGUUUGACCUGUGGCUUCAGCAGGCUUUAGCAUCCGGUCUCUUUUGCGAGUCUUCCAAACGCAGGAAGAGUUGGAGUCCAUUCAAAUUGCCUCAAAAGAAAGGGAAAAAACAAUGGCGAAGAACGUCGUGCUGA